CGGCUAACGCCCCGGGAUCACGUUGCAGAUGCUUAUAUCGCCUUGUGAACUACUUCCCGCUGACAGAACGGCUUUCGAACGAAGGCUACAGGGCUGUUCCCGUGUCUCUCUCUCUCUCUCAUUCGACGACCAACCGUCUCAGUCCGCACACGUGAAGCAAGAUGCCGAAGCCACAGGUGCAGGAGGGCGAUGACCCCGACCCAACCCCCUACCUGUUCGUGUCGCUGGAGCAGAAGCGCAUAGACCAGACCAAGCCGUACGACGCCAAGAAGUCAUGCUGGGUGCCGGACGAGAAGGAGGGCUUCGUGCUGGGCGAGAUCAAGGCCACCAAGGGAGACCUGGUCACCGUAAACCUGCCGGGAGGAGAGGAGAAGACGCUAAAGAAGGAGCAGAUCUCGCAAGUGAACCCGCCCAAGUACGAGAAGGUGGAGGACAUGGCCGACCUCACGUACCUGAACGAGGCUGCCGUGCUGCACAACCUGCGGCAGCGCUACUACUGCAAGCUCAUCUACACCUACUCCGGCCUGUUCUGCGUGGCCAUCAACCCUUACAAGAGGUACCCCGUGUACACCCUGCGGUGCGCCAAGCUGUACCGAGGCAAGAGGAGGAACGAGGUGCCGCCCCACAUCUUCGCCAUCUCCGACGGAGCCUACGUCAACAUGUUGACCAACCGUGAGAACCAGUCCAUGUUGAUCACAGGAGAGUCCGGUGCAGGGAAAACUGAGAACACGAAGAAAGUAAUUGCGUACUUCGCCACUGUAGGUGCCAGCAGCAAGAAAGAAGAAUCAGCAAGUGACAAAAAGAAGGGGAGCUUGGAAGACCAGGUCGUCCAGACUAACCCUGUGCUUGAAGCCUUCGGUAACGCCAAGACAGUGCGAAACGACAACUCCUCUCGCUUCGGUAAAUUCAUCAGGAUCCACUUUGGUCCUGCUGGAAAGCUGGCAGGAGCUGACAUUGAGACAUACCUGCUUGAGAAAGCUCGUGUGAUCUCACAACAGUCUCUGGAGAGAUCCUACCACAUCUUCUACCAGAUGAUGUCGGGAGCUGUGCCUGGCCUGAAACCGAUGUGUCUGCUAUCCAACAACGUCCACGACUACUACUUCGUGUCGCAGGGAAAGACCACCAUUCCCAGUGUAGAUGAUUCCGAAGAAAUGCUCAUUACUGAUCAAGCCUUCGACGUGCUGGGCUUCACGCAGCAGGAGAAGGACGACAUCUACAAGAUCACGGCGGCCGUCAUGCACAUGGGCGGCAUGAAGUUCAAGCAGAGGGGUCGCGAGGAGCAGGCCGAGGCGGACGGCAUGGCGGAAGGUGAGCGCGUGGCCAAGCUGCUGGGAACGUCCCACGAGGACCUCUACAAGAACCUGCUCAAGCCCAGGAUCAAGGUCGGCAACGAGUUCGUGACGCAGGGCAGGAACAAGGACCAGGUGUCGUACUCCGUGGGCGCCAUGGCCAAGGGCAUGUUCGACAGGCUGUUCAAGUGGCUGGUGAAGAAGUGUAACGAGACCCUGGACACGAAGCAGAAGAGGCAGCACUUCAUCGGUGUGCUGGACAUCGCAGGCUUCGAGAUCUUCGACUUCAACGGUUUCGAGCAAUUGUGCAUCAACUUCACCAAUGAGAAGCUCCAACAGUUCUUCAACCAUCACAUGUUUGUGCUGGAGCAAGAGGAGUACCAAAGAGAAGGAAUAGAGUGGACCUUCAUUGAUUUUGGCAUGGACCUUCAGGCUUGCAUUGAUCUUAUCGAAAAGCCCAUGGGCAUCCUGUCGAUCCUGGAGGAAGAGUCUAUGUUCCCCAAGGCCACGGACAAGACCUUCGAGGACAAGCUGAUGUCGAACCACCUGGGCAAGUCGCCCAACUUCCAGAAGCCCAAGCCGCCCAAGCCCGGCAACCCGGCGGCGCACUUCGCCAUCGCCCAUUACGCCGGCACGGUGUCCUACAACAUCACCGGCUGGCUGGAGAAGAACAAGGACCCGCUCAACGACACGGUCGUCGACCAGUUCAAGAAGUCGAGCAACGCGCUGCUGUGCGAGAUCUUCGCCGACCACCCGGGCCAGUCGGCCGCCGUCGACCCCGCCGCCAAAGGUGGCCGAGGAAAGAAGGGUGGUGGUUUCGCCACCGUGUCGUCGUCCUACAAGGAGCAGCUGAACAACUUGAUGACGACGCUGAGGAGCACCCAGCCUCACUUCGUGCGGUGCAUCAUCCCCAACGAGUUGAAGCAGGCAGGUCUGAUUGACUCGCACUUGGUGAUGCACCAGCUGACAUGUAACGGCGUGCUUGAGGGCAUCCGUAUCUGCCGAAAGGGCUUCCCCAACAGGAUGGUGUACCCCGACUUCAAGCUCCGGUACAAGAUCCUGGACCCGAAAGGCGCCGACAAGGCUGGGGACGACCUUAAGAAGGCUUGCGAGAACAUCUUGGACACUGUGGGCCUGGAUCAAGACAGUUUCCGACUGGGCCACACCAAGGUGUUCUUCCGCGCCGGAGUGCUGGGUCAGAUGGAGGAACUGCGAGACGAGCGCCUCAGCAAGAUCAUCACCUGGCUGCAGUCCUGGAUCCGGGGCUACCUCGGCCGCAAGGAGUACAAGAAGCUACAGGACCAGAGGAUCGCCCUGCAGGUGGUGCAGCGCAACCUGCGCAAGUACCUGCAGCUGCGCACCUGGCCGUGGUGGAAGCUGUGGCAGAGGGUCAAGCCCCUGCUCAACGUGUCGCGCAUCGAGGACGAGAUCAAGAAACUGGAAGAGAAGGCGCAGAAGGCGCAGGAGGCGUUCGAGCGCGAGGAGAAGGCCCGCAAGGAGCUGGAGGUGCUCAACAGCAAGCUGCUGCAGGAGAAGACAGACCUGCUGUCGCAGCUCGAGGGCGAGAAGGGCUCGCUGUCCGACUUCCAGGAGAAGACCAACAAGCUCCAGGCCCAGAAGGCGGACGUCGAGUCUCAGCUGCACGAAGUCCAGGAGAGACUGCAGCAGGAGGAAGAUGCCCGCAACCAGCUGUUCCAGUCCAAGAAGAAGCUCGAGCAGGAACUGUCCGGACUCAAGAAGGACGUCGAAGACCUGGAGCUGUCCUUGCAGAAGUCGGAGGCAGACAAGGCGACGAAGGACCACCAGAUCCGCAACCUGAACGACGAGAUCGCCCACCAGGACGAGCUCAUCAACAAGCUCAACAAGGAGAAGAAGAACCAGGGCGAGACCACCCAGAAGACUGCGGAGGAGCUCCAGGCGGCUGAGGACAAGGUCAACCACCUCAACAAGGUCAAGGCCAAGCUCGAACAAACUCUUGAUGAACUCGAGGACUCUCUGGAGCGUGAGAAGAAACUCCGCGGCGACGUGGAGAAGGCCAAGAGGAAGGUGGAGGGAGACCUGAAGCUGACGCAGGAGGCCGUCUCCGACCUGGAGCGCAACAAGAAGGAGCUGGAGCAGACCAUCCAGCGCAAGGACAAGGAGAUCUCGUCCCUCGCCGCCAAGCUGGAGGACGAGCAGUCGCUCGUGUCCAAGCUGCAGAAGCAGAUCAAGGAGCUGCAGGCAAGGAUAGAGGAGCUAGAAGAAGAGGUUGAAGCAGAACGACAAGCACGUGCCAAGGCGGAGAAGCAGCGCGCCGACCUGGCUCGCGAGCUGGAGGAGCUCGGCGAGCGCCUGGAGGAGGCCGGCGGCGCCACCUCGGCCCAGAUCGAGCUCAACAAGAAGCGCGAGGCGGAGCUGUCCAAGCUGCGCCGCGACCUGGAGGAGGCCAACAUCCAGCACGAGAGCACGCUCGUCAACCUGCGCAAGAAGCACAACGACGCCGUCGCCGAGAUGGGCGAGCAGAUCGACCAGCUCAACAAGCUCAAGGCCAAAGCCGAAAAGGACAAGGCACAGUUCGCCGCCGAACUGAACGACCUGCGAGCCGGCGUGGACCACUUGUCCAACGAGAAGGCGGCCGCCGAGAAGGUGGCGAAGCAGCUCCAGCACCAGCUGAACGAGGUGCAGGGGAAGCUGGACGAGACCAACAGGACGCUCAACGACUUCGACGCCGCCAAGAAGAAGCUGGCCAUCGAGAACGGCGACCUGCUGCGUCAGCUCGAGGAGGCCGAGUCGCAGGUGUCGCAGCUCAGCAAGAUCAAGAUCUCGCUCACCACGCAGCUCGAGGACACGAAGCGCCUGGCCGACGAGGAGUCCAGGGAGCGAGCCACCCUGCUGGGCAAGUUCCGCAACCUGGAGCACGACCUGGACAACCUGCGCGAGCAGGUGGAGGAGGAGUCGGAGGCCAAGGCCGAUAUCCAGAGGCAGCUGUCCAAGGCCAACACCGAAGCGCAGCUGUGGCGCUCCAAAUACGAGUCCGAGGGCGUGGCUCGCGCUGAGGAGCUGGAGGAGGCCAAGCGCAAGCUGCAGGCGCGCCUCGCCGAGGCGGAGGAGACCAUCGAGUCGCUGAACCAGAAGGUGAUCGCGCUGGAGAAGACCAAGCAGCGGCUGUCCACCGAGGUGGAGGACCUGCAGCUGGAGGUGGACCGCGCCACGGCCAUCGCCAACGCCGCCGAGAAGAAGCAGAAGGCCUUCGACAAGAUCAUCGGCGAGUGGAAGCUGAAGGUGGACGACCUGGCGGCCGAGCUGGACGCCAGCCAGAAGGAGUGCCGCAACUACUCCACGGAGCUGUUCCGUCUGAAGGGCGCCUACGAGGAGGGCCAGGAGCAGCUGGAGGCCGUGCGCCGCGAGAACAAGAACUUGGCGGACGAGGUCAAGGACCUGCUGGACCAGAUCGGCGAGGGCGGCCGCAACAUCCACGAGAUCGAGAAGGCGAGGAAGCGGCUGGAGGCCGAGAAGGACGAGCUGCAGGCGGCGCUGGAGGAGGCCGAGGCCGCGCUGGAGCAGGAGGAGAACAAGGUGCUGCGCUCGCAGCUGGAGCUGUCGCAGGUGCGCCAGGAGAUCGACCGCCGCAUCCAGGAGAAGGAGGAGGAGUUCGAGAACACCAGGAAGAACCACCAGCGCGCUCUGGACUCCAUGCAAGCCAGCUUGGAGGCUGAAGCCAAGGGCAAAGCUGAGGCACUGCGCCUGAAGAAGAAACUGGAGGCCGACAUCAACGAACUGGAGAUCGCCCUCGACCACGCCAACAAGGCCAACGCCGAGGCGCAGAAGAACAUCAAGCGGUACCAGCAGCAGUUGAAGGACGUGCAGACGGCCCUGGAGGAGGAGCAGCGGGCCCGCGACGACGCCCGCGAGAUGCUGGGCAUCGCCGAGCGACGCGCCAACGCUCUGCAGAACGAGCUGGAGGAGUCGCGCACCCUGCUGGAGCAGUCCGACCGCGGCCGGCGCCAGGCCGAGCAGGAGCUGGGAGACGCGCACGAGCAGCUCAACGAGCUGUCCGCGCAGAACGCGUCCAUCAGCGCCUCCAGGAGGAAGCUGGAGACCGAGCUGCAGACCCUGCACUCGGACCUGGACGAGCUGCUGAACGAGGCCAAGAACUCGGAGGAGAAGGCGAAGAAGGCGAUGGUGGACGCGGCCCGUCUGGCCGAUGAGCUUCGCGCCGAGCAGGACCACGCGCAGACGCAGGAGAAGCUGCGCAAGGCGCUCGAGACGCAGAUCAAGGACCUGCAGGUGCGGCUGGACGAGGCCGAGGCGAACGCGCUCAAGGGCGGCAAGAAGGCCAUCCAGAAGCUGGAGCAGCGCGUGCGCGAGCUGGAGAACGAGCUGGACGGCGAGCAGAGGAGGCACGCCGACGCGCAGAAGAACCUGCGCAAGUCGGAGCGCCGCAUCAAGGAGCUCAGCUUCCAGGCGGAGGAGGACCGCAAGAACCACGAGCGCAUGCAGGACCUCGUCGACAAACUGCAGCAGAAGAUCAAGACCUACAAGAGGCAGAUAGAGGAGGCUGAGGAGAUCGCGGCCCUGAACCUGGCCAAGUUCCGCAAGGCCCAGCAGGAGCUGGAGGAGGCGGAGGAGAGGGCGGACCUGGCCGAGCAGGCCAUCUCCAAGUUCCGCGCGAAGGGGCGCGCGGGGUCCAUGGCGCGGGGACUCAGCCCAGUGGUGAGUGCCACCUUCCUUCCUUCCACACGGGCAGCGAGCGGCAGUUUGGCUCGCCGUGCGUCGCAGAGUCAGGAAGCAAGUGGUCCCAAGCCCACUGCCUGUGCAUGACCGAGGACCCUAGAAACCCAGUUUAACGAACAAAAGAUGUUAUCUGCACACACUAAAAUAGCCCUGUGACUUUCACGUGAAUCUAGUCAAUCAUACUUGCCACCUUGCAAUAUUACUUUCAAGAUGAAUCGUCUCGUGCAAUGGACCCCAAACAUAUGUGUUGAAAUGAGCUUUCGUACCCCUAAACUUUCAACAACUCGGUCGACAAUUUAAAGUCAGGCGACUGCAGGUUCACUACUUGGGAUAGACUUAGCUGCAGUAGGGAUGCAACAUCAUGUGCAAUCCAGCAGGAUGGUGAUCAGAGACAGGGUGUCUGCUCAAAAAUGCAGCGAUUCCAUGUUUAACUAUGGCUUAAGUUUAUGAGUUUGUAAUGUGUAUUACGUAGCCCUCGCUAUGCCGGUAGAUUAAUAAAGAGCUACCGAGAAAGUAUUCGGGCUCUUCCGACCAUGAGUGUCACACUGAAAAUGUAGUGCUGAAAUUCCUGGAUCGUCGAUUAUUUAUUCCCUGAAUAAUAACUUUCCUAGUAAUUUACACAAUCAGGCAAUAAGAUUAUAGUAAAAGGUUAAUUAUUAAAUAGAAUAACCCUUUUCACUGCAAACAUUUACCAUCUCGAUAAUGUUUUAGUCGUACCCCAAAAAGUCUAAAUAUAAUUUCCUUUAGAAUAUUACAUAACAUAUUUACUCAAAACACUUUUGUUUCCAUGUUUUCCAGUGCUGUUUUAGGAAUUCACAAAUUGAUGGUUUCCUUCAAAUGAAAUGAAACAGCUGACUUCUGGAACAUAUUUUAGUAUGCACAUUAUUAUUUAUUCACUGCCCAUUAUUUGCGAUAUAAUUGCAAAAUGUUUGUGCUCCUUUUAUACGUAUAUAUAUACAUAUACACAUAUAUAUACGUCUAUAUAUAAGUAACCAGCUCCCAAAUAUAGCUGUCACAAAGUUUUCACUGAUUUUUUAAGGCUUGUGAUUUGAGUGUUGUACGCAUUAUGUAAAUUUACUAAUAAUUUAAAGAGUAUUAACUUAAUUUACAAGUGGCUUUUCAUGUACAUCUUCAAAAACAAAACAUUAUUUUUUUUCGUUUUGUUUCAACAGCCAGCUCCAAAGAUACGCAAGGCGGAAUAAUUCAGAGACCAUAAUGUUUAGUAAGUCAUUUAGCGUUGGUGUGUGACCCCUUUGUUUGCUACGAUCCUAUAAACGCACCUUGAAACGUGCAUCAGUGCGCAGACUUCAGCAACGAGAGCUUAUAAGCAGAGAUAAACACGUACUUUCUCUUUUAAAAGAAAUGCUAGAUUUUUUUCUGUACAGAAUCCUAAAGCUUUCAAACAAGGUCUCGAGGUUUCUGUAGAGACUACUAGUAUUUUCUAUGGGAAGUGCUCGUUCUAUCUCCAGAACCAAGUGUGCCCCUUUCACAAUCUCAUAUCUCCAAUUGUUUUACCACCUGGCAUGAUGAAGAAAUCCUUUCUUGGAAUGUAUGACUUUAAUUCCUUUUCCCCUUGAGUUUAGCUUAUAAAUAUUUUAGUUCCCAAAAGUUCGCAAAAGAGGAAUAUUUUAAAAUAGAACAGAAAGUCAACUGAUGUUUUGUCCUGACCAAUUCAAUAUUAAAUCCAUGCAACCUGCAUCUUGUGUACAAUUUCGUAGUGCAUAUUACUGUGUAUAGUAAUUUCGUAGUGCAUAUUACUAUAUAUAGUUGUAUCGUGUAUGUGGUCAAGAAUUUUUGUUCCCCGGUUUUUAAUUUGUGCUGUGAUUCCAAAAGCUUUGCUGUGUGUGCUCUGACUCUGAGUAUAUAUGCAAUUAUGAAAUUUUUGAAUAUGAUUACAAAUUAGUGGCAUUAAAGUUUCAAUAUAUGUUCAUCUAUCUGUCCAGUUGCUAUACUGCCAAAGUUAGGGCAGAAAUUUAUAUUAAUCUUAAUAUUAAGAAACAAUGGGAAUAGUGACAAAAUAAAACGUGAUAUUUGAAGUUGGUGGCAGGAAAGUAAACCUUCCAAUCAAGUGUUAAAAUACUAUCAUAUUACUGACUUUCUCAGCAUAUCGAAAACGUCUACUUUGCAAAUGACAAUAUGGCUUCACAAAUACAUAUUAACAUUUAUGACUACGAGCAAUUGGAUAUUGUUUAUUGAAUUACGUUAUAUUAUAUUUAACAUUUUACCAUCUUACAGUACAUUAUUGAUAUGAAUUAGGCACAUCAGUUCGGAUUCUGGAAUAGUCCAAGUUUAAUAUUGAAGAAUUUGUCCUUAGUAAUGUUUGCUUUAUUUAAACAUUGAUCUCUACACUUUGAUAAACAUAUAUAUUUGGCGAGAUCCAUGCUUUCCAUAACGUGCCUAUUUGUGGAGGGGGGGGGGGUUCAUUUUAUAAGUGAGCCACCCUUAUGUAUCACUUAAUUUAAUUCCGUUUUCUUUGUAUUUUCCCACAGCACCACAGGCAAACUCCCAAGCCACAGUACGACGGCAACGCCUUCCCACCAAGGUUCGACCUGCACCCUGACGGCGAGUUCUAGAAACAAAAUGUCGACGAAAGACAAAAGUGAACUUCAAAAGAAACCUAAUAAAAAAAUUUCCUGUGUGGAUUGAGAGAAAAAUCAACAAAAUCUUAUUACGUAUAUCUUCGUGUUGGCCUUUUUAUUUUACCCUUGAGGGAGGGAGACAAAACGAGACAAAGGCAUGUAAUACUCUUUUAAUAGAUUUGAUUAUUUUGUAAUAAUGUCUAUGAUGUAAACCACAUUACGAGAGUGCAUAUUCCAUGAGUACUGCCCGUGUUAUUUUUUUGUUUGUUCUUAGUUUAUAUCUUUAUCUGAGUAUUACUUUGAUGAGGCCCGUGUGUUGAAUGAGCGGGGAAGAAGAUUGGAAGCCAGAGACUGAGUCGUACACUAGCUCUCAAGAUACUCGAGACGAGUCCAGCCCUUCGUUGUUCUUCGUUCGAAACGAUGCUUCUCUGGUUACCUGAGUGCACGUGUACCUUCGCCAUUUAGAAGGCGCUGGCUUGCAGCCGUUUCCAUAAAUAUUUAAAUAAUAACUUCGAAGAUUCACAUUGUAUACAUGGCUUACUGUGGGGAAAAAAAAUAAGUAAUAUAUUAUUAUAUGUUAAGGCACCAAAUAAAGAAGUUAUUAUCGUUAUUA